UCUUAACUUCAGUACUCUGACUAUCGCGUUCCUGAUCGCACACGGCAUGGAGAAUUACCUUUAGAUUUUGUUUUAGAAUUGUAUGAUCAAUCUUACAAGGAAAGCAGCAGUUGCAAAAAGCUCGUAGCAAGUGCGAUAAUUUUGGCAUUUCGUAAGGUGCGAAUCAAAUAAUCAAUGGCUCCGGGUGGAUAUGGUACAAUUGGCUGCAAUCGGAAACGUUUGCUAGAUGCGGAGGAACGGCAGACGAAACUCCGUCCGGAAAGUACAAUCGCACCGACAAGCAACUCUCCAGCACCUGAUGAACCUGUAACGAUGGCGGAUGCUUCGGAAAGUGUACCGCAGCAAUCUGUACAGUCCACUGAUAGCUUGGAGGAAAGCGACGUCGCCGUAGGUAGCGAAGACGAAUGGAGCAUUUUUGACAGUUCUGAUCCGUACAGUGAGACUGAUGACGAUACUGAAGACAGUACAGAUGAUGAAGACUAUGGAUCAAAUACGUUUGUUCAAAAUCUUCGAGCUUGGGCCAUUUCUACCAAGCAGACACGGUUUGCACUAAACUCUCUGCUAGCCUUGCUGCGGGAGCAAACAAACUUGAAGGUGCCGAAAAAUGCCCGAACGCUGCUGAAAGUGCCACCCAAGCCGAGUACGUAACAAAUCGAUCCUAGCAGACCAAAAUAUUACUGCUAAAAAACUGCUUAGCUCCGUUUUUUUAAGGAACCAGAAUACAAACCAUGCGCUACUUUGGUUGUAUUUUCUUGUUUGGUGGAUCUGCUAUUGUACAGUGUAGCGGCAAGCCCAUUACUGUGGCCUAGUUGCAUGUGAGUACCAAGCAAUGGUUUUUGUUCUAAACGCGGAAGUAUUUCUUUUGUAUUAGAACUUAUUCGCUUGAUGUCUGGUGGAAAUCUAGAUAAAACAAAAAAAGUUUCAAAUUUGUCUACGCGCCAUGAUUACUAACACACUAGAAGAACACUAAAAUAAAUCGAAGGAAACACUAUAAUUAAACUAAAAUAAUUGGAAAUGGACGGGAAUGGUACUGGUAAUGGUCUAAUAAAAAUAUAAUGAA